CAAAAAAAAAUGGUCAAACCGGCUGAGACGAAGUCCAAGAAAACGGCUGAGACGAAGUCCAAGAAAGCUCCGAAAGUGGAGUCAGAUGAAGAGGAAGAUGAAGAGGAAGAUGAAGGGGAAGAGGAGGAAGAGGAUGAACCUGUCGCAGCCCCGAAGAAAACAACACCAAAGAAAACAACACCAAAAAAAGCGGCAAAAAAAGGCAAGGCGGCAACUGCAGGCUCCGACACCGACGACCAGCUGUACCAAGACGCAGAGGACUACGAGAUGCCCAUGCCGAUGCCCAUGCACACGCCUCGUCGUGGCUCUGCUGCGUCUAGCUCCCGUGCAGCUCCACCCCUCACUCGCGCGCCUCCGUCCAUCAUGUCGGACGUCGAAGACGGAGUCAUGAAACUCAGCCUUGUAGAUCUGAUCAACGCUGUCAACGGCGCACCGCGUGUCCAUGGCAACCCGAACGCUCUCACCAUCGAUACACUCAGCCGCAUCUUCCAAGAGCUCAAGGUUGCCGACGACGCAUCAGUCAUUCGCAUCAACAUGAAUGGUGCAAAUGGUUGCUGCGCAUGGGUUGAAGGGCGCUUUUGCAAGAACUCGAGCGCCACGGCAAAGGGCAACUCUGUUUACUGCAAUGUUCACUACGGCGCUUUCCUCAAGCAGGCCAUGAAACAGAAAGUUCUCGUCGACGCUGAGCUUCCUCGCGCCAAUUUUUUUGACCAUGACGCCAACAAGGAGAUUCAUCUGGCGUGCUGGCCGCAGGGUCGUGCUGUCUGAUCUUUGUUUGAUCUUUGUUUGAUCUUUUGUGGGUUUUUUCCGCACUUGCGUUUUCCCAGUAAACAACAUUCCGACACC